AUGGAAAUUCAGCAGACAACGGUCCUUCGCAUGCGAAAGUUACUCAGCAUCGCUACGGGAGCUGAACCAGCACCAUCGCACUUACCAGCGAAGAAGCAAAAGACAGCAUCAAAGUGUCCCAACAGGCCGAAAAAAUGGCGAAAUGGAAGCAGCGGGACGACGAGGCAUUCUCGCAAAUCACCCUCAUAUGGAGGAUGGUGUCAUGAACGACAUCGUCGACACAACAUCGGCGAACAAAGCCUGGACGCGAUUAUCGAGCGCUGGGAAGGCAAGGGCAUGCAAUUGCUGUCCUUCCUAUACCAACAAUUAAUGAGCACAAAAAUCGAGGAAGAAGAGGACCUUACCACCGGGUUCAAUUCGAUAAAAUCAACAGUCUCAAAAAUCAAGACACUCGGAGAGUCCAUCAGCGAUUUCCUACUUGCUCAGAUAAUCAUGAAUGCGCUCCCACCGUCCUAUGCAAUCGUCAGCACGUCAUCCAGACUCUACGCAGCAGGCACCAUCACAUCCAAUGCCGUAUGCGAAGCCGCGUUACAAGAGGAAGAACGGCAAAUCUAUGACAAGAAAAUCAGCAAGGAACAACCCAAAAGGGAAGAAGAAGGACUUAGGUCCCCCUUGCGCCAACUGCUCAAAGCCUGGUCACACCAAGCAGGAAUGCUGGGCAAAAGGCAGUGGAGCCAAAGGCACUGGUCCCCGGCAGAGACGGCAGAACUCAAAGCAGUCAAAGGACAAGUCCACAAGUCCCAAGCCAACACAUCAAAAGGUGACUCCGCUAAGGUUGCCGUAACGGAUAAAUCAGGCAAUUCCUCCGUAGGCCCCAAGAUAUAUGCGCUCACCGUAUCGGACAAAUCGUCACAUAACAAGAACCUGGCUACUUGA